CUCCCUUCUUUUUCGCUCUCGCUUCAUCAUCUCCUCUGCAUAGCCGGUUGGGUGGGUGGUUCGAUUGGGAUUCCUCCGAAAGAACGAAGAACGUUUUCUUCAAGCAUCGAGAAAAUAUUCGUUGCAACGGUGAUACCAUGUCACCGUUGUAACAAACCAAUGAAAAGUUGAGAAUGGGUGACAUACACGGAGACAGUGUGAGUGAAUAUUUUUUCCUCCGGCAUCUACCCCCCGCCGCCGCGUUCGCCUCCUCCAGAUUGCGAACCGCGACCAAUCAUUCCUUUCUGGCCUCUCCUUCCGUCUCCGGAAGCGUGAGUUCUCGCUUUUUCUCCGUCCUUUAUUCGAUCUUGAUAUUAGGUUUGAUUUGGUCCCUCUCAGCAUCCUUAGCUGAGGAGAGAGCAGAAACCGUGGUCUUUCCUAGGGAAGGCCCGAGAUUUUCUUAUGGAUUAAACUUGGCCCUUUCUGGAAGAGGUGUGAUUGUAAAGGAUAAAUCUUUUUACAACAUGGAAUCAUCUGAGCUUCAAAAGAAUGGUGCAAUCAUAGUGGAACCUUUGUCUGGCCUUCCACUGUAUGUGAGAGGAAAUGCUGUUGGCGGAACUUCUGACAUUUCAAAGGCUCAGUUUGGCAAAAAUUUGAAAGAGGUUACUUCUCACAUUUCAUCUGUCUCAAAUGUCUUUGUUCAAGAUGGAGCUUUUGGUUGAUCUUCAAAAUGUGAUGCAAAAGUCUAUGUCCUUAGUGAUAAUCCCUCUGCUGUCAUGUCACUCUCCAAUAUCCUUUGGAAAACACCCAACUGGGCAGUUUCCCGUGACUCUUUCCCUCUGACUGUUUAUGUUGCUAGCUCUAUCAGUCCAAGUGCUAGGGAGGUUCUUGGUCUUGGGGCACAAGCCUCUGAUGGAUUUGCAGCAGCUGAUGUAGAACAUUCAUCCCUCGUCUUAUGUGGUAAAGUUUUUGCUGAUGCCCAUGCUACAAAAGAUGAUCUAGCUGCUUUGGCUGCUCCUAUAAUAUCUGCAAGUGGGGGGGCCUUCGUUUCUUCCAGGCUGAUGUCUGGUGAUUAUGUGAUUCUGCUGUUUGCUCCAGAAGAUACCAUCCAGAGCUGCUCAAAUCUUCAGAAGGCUCUGGUAUCCACUGAUGCUGGUGUAGUUCUUUCUUCUCAUGCUGUUGCACCCUUCUUUCAAGGCAGAGAUUCUGCAGCACCAAAUCUGCUAAAGAAACAAGCUUCUGUGAUUUUUGCAUCUGCUGAUAG